AUGCGUUUAUCAUCAUUUGUUGAUGAAGCUCUUCGAUUAUUUCAUGUUUCAACAUUUGCAUCAGCUAGUUCUGGAAAUUUAACUGGUUUUAUAACAUUUGACGAUCAAAAAGAAAUUACACGUAUUGAAAAACAAAUCCGACGUCGAUUUAUUAUUGGUUCACAAGUAUCUGAACUUGCUAUUGUUCAAGAUUUUAUUCAACAAAAUUAUUCUGAACGUACUAUUUAUAAAGUUCUUCAUGCAAUGAUACGUCGUGGUGAUAUUCAAUAUCGUAUACAACAUAAAAUUCUUAUUCGCAUUAGAUAG